AUGUGUUGCCCAGCCCACAUGACUCAAUUGUCGCCGAAGGAUGAGUACACACGUGCGUGCACAAAAUUAGGCUGUCAUGUCAAUUCCCACCUCAUGAGAGAACUCCCCGACACGUUGGAGGCGUUGAUUGCCGUUAAAAAACUCGACUUUUCGCGUAGCAUGUUGGGCCGAAGUGACGUUGAGCCGAUUGUGCAGGCCAUUCUUUUCCACUGCUCGGGCCUCCAGGUGCUGAAUCUCUCGCAGAACUACCUCACCGAUGACAGCAUUGUACAAAUAUGUGAGGCUCUCUUGGCACACACGUUACUUCUCGUCUCCCUCGAUCUCUCCAACAACCCCAUUUCCAACAAAACGGGGCGAUAUCUUUUACGCUUCAUGGAAAGCAUGCCCGCACUCCGGUUUGUUGGCGUACAAAAGACACUCAUGAAUGACAGCAUGAUGCGCCUGUUCCCGCAUUCAAGCAAAGCACUCUGUCCGCCUGUGGCGGAGCACAGGGCCAGCACUCUCUCUACCGCCGUCACCGUGGCAACGUCCAACAUUUCCAGCAUCAUGAAGACCAGCCCGUCAAGUAGUUUGCGAGAAACAACGAAGGACGACAAUCCGCAUCCGUCUCAGAAAACACAAUGGCCAGCACUUGAAACUUUAUGGAGGGCCGCGGCAGUAGCUGCCCCUACCCACAACAACUACUCUAGUCUAGGCACCCUCAUUUCAUCUAUGCGUAUCCGCGUUCAGGAAGUGAGCGAAGUUCAACAGUUGCCAGUUCCUUCAGGAGACUCAAAAAAACAGAGACAACAGUCGUAUUAG